ACCUUCAAGCUCAAUGAAUGUCAUUCUUUAAAAAGUCUAUUUUAAUCAUUUAUCUUCCUGCGUGUGUUUUUCUGAGGAAGCCUGUAAUUUCAAUAACACCUCUGGACUUUUAUUUUGAAGGUGUCCCGGAAGCUGUAUUCUUUACUGAGGCUAACUUCACACUACUUGAUCAAGAUGGCGUCCAGCAGCAACAUGGAUGUUAGCAGAGUCUCUUUGUUGUGUCGAGAAAGUGUUUAAAGUGAAGCAGCGACUAACUGCGGCUGCUGAAGAGAUAUGUGGGCUGUUUGAAAGAACGAUAGCAGAGUACGAGGAGGAACUCUCUCGAUCAAAAGAGGAGAACGAGCGACAACAGAAACUACUGGACGCUGUUUUACACCCUCAGCUUCAGUUACACAGAGCAGGCGGUCCUUGGAGCCAGAUCCAGUGAUUACUGAAGAUAAUGGAGCCUGAGGAUACCGAUGUCGGAGCCGAGCCACAAGUGGUACGCCGGAGACCUCCGAGGGAGGUUAGACCUCCACCACACCUGUCUGAUUAUGCUGUUGACUACCUCCCCAUGGCCGAGCUGCACCAAACACAUCCGACCCAAGAAGACGUUUUACCUUCAGAUGUACAAAAAGUGAUUGUUGGUGAAGAAGAGCAGCAGGACUGGAGCUCCAGUCUGGACCAGAAGGACCCAGAGCCCCCACACAUUAAAGAGGAACAGGAGGAUCUCUGGACCUGUCAGGAGGGAGAGCAGCUUCAAGGGCUGGAGGAGGCUGAUAUCAAAUUCCCAUUCACUCCUGUCCAUGUGAAGAGGGAAGAUGAUGAAGAGAAACCUCAGUCCUCACAGCUUCAUCAAAGACAAACUGAACAGAUGGAAACAGAAGCUGAUGGAGAGGACUGUGGAGGAGCAGAACCAGCCAGGAACUCAGAUUCAGAUAGAUAUCCAGAUCCGGAUACUGAUGACAAAUUUGGAGACUCUUCUGAACUUGAGACUGAUAACAGUGAUGAUUGGAAGGAGACCAGAGAACCUCAGUCACGUUUAAACUCUCUGAAUAAUGAUGUAGUCCCUGUCAGUGAUUCCAGAUGUAGUGCUGGUGAGAAACCAUUCAGCUGCUCUGAGUGUCAUAAACGAUUUGGCUUUAAGGGAGAUCUGAAGAUACACAUGAGAUCUCACACAGGAGAUGAACCUUUCAGCUGCUCAGUUUGUAAGAAAUCUUUUUCAGAGAAUGGAAUUUUACAGAGACACAUGAAAAUCCACACAGGAGAGAAACCUUUCAGCUGCUCAGUUUGUGGUAAAACUUUCUUACAAAGUGAUCAUCUAAAGAUACACAUGAGAAUCCACACAGGAGAGAAACCUUUCAGCUGCUCAGUUUGUGAUAAAGCUUUCAGUGAAAGUGGACAUCUAAAGAGACACAUGAGAAGCCACACAGGAGAGAAACUGUUCAGUUGCUCAGUUUGUAAUAAAGCUUUCAUUCAAUGUGGACAUCUGAAGACACACAUGAGAAUCCACACAGGAGAGAAACCUUUCAACUGCUCGGUUUGUAAGAAACCUUUUAGACAGCGUGGAGCUUUACAGAAACACAUGAGAUCUCACACUGGAGAGAAACCUUUCAGUUGCUCGGUUUGUAAGAAACCGUUUACACAGCGUGAAGCUUUACAGAAACACAUGAGAUCUCACACUGGAGAGAAACCUUUCAGCUGCUCAAUGUGUGAUAAAAGCUUUGCUGUAAGAGGAAAACUAAAGACACACAUGAUAUCUCACACAGGAGAGAAACCUUUCAGCUGCUCAGUUUGUGAUAAAGCUUUCAGUGAAAGUGGACAUCUGAAGAGACACAUGAUAAUCCACACAGGAGAGAAACCUUUCAGCUGCUCGGUUUGUAAGAAACCUUUUAGACAGCGUGGAGAUUUACAGAAACACAUGAGAUCUCACACUGAAGAGAAACCUUUCAGCUGCUCGGUUUGUAAGAAACUUGUUAGACAGCGUGGAGAUUUACAGAAACACAUGAGAUCUCACACAGGAGAGAAACCUUUCAGCUGCGCAGUUUGUAAGAAAUAUUUUACAGAGAGUGGAAGUUUACAGAAACACAUGAGAAUCCACACAGGAGAGAAACCUUUCAGCUGCUCAGUUUGUGACCAAAGAUUCACUUGGUCUUCUCAACUCAAAAACCAUUUGAAAAAACACAAAAACCAGUCCUCUCAGUUUCAUCAAACUCAAACUGAGGAGAACAGAGAGGCAGAGCCUCCAGCCAGCAGCUCAAUUGAACACAUGGAAACAGAAGCUGAUGGAGAGGACUGUUGAGGACCAGAACCUGUCAGAAACUCAGAUCCAGAUAGACAUCCAGAACCAGAUACUGAUGACGAAACUGGAGACUUCUGAACCUGAGACUGAUGACAAGAGUCAGACUGGAGACUUAAAGUUUUAAACAAAAGAUUCACCAGGCUGUCACAUAUCAAAAUUCAUCAGUGUUUUUUUGACAGCAACAGCAGUAAAUAUGCCGGUUCAGAUUAAACUUUCAGCGGUACCCAUCUAACGAGAAUCCGUGUUAUUAGUGAGGUGAGGUGCCUGCGCAGAGCCAAAGGAUAUUAAAAGACAAUACCCAUCCCAGCAACAGCUUGUAUUGCUGCUGCUAUCUGGCAAGCCAUACAGAAGUAUCAGCUGUCAUCUCUGGGAGGUCAGUUCUUGACUGCCUGCAUGCUUUAAAGCCGAUGGAAUGAAAAAUGCCCUUUUAACUCUUUUAGAUCACAUCCUCAGUCAUAUUUUACAUCUAUUUAACAAUAGAUGUAAAAAACAAAAUCUAAAAAAAUAUUUUUCUUCCGGUAAAACAAAAUGCUGCGUGCUUACGUAAGCUAGCACCAACCAAUUUCAACCAAUAAUAUCAUGACAUCCAUCCAUCAAUCAAGCUGUAACUUUUAGCGACGAGGGUGGUGUGUGUGGAGCCACAGUCCUCUGUAGCUCCGUAUCACGCUACAUUCUAAGCCCGCCCACUUUUAGCGGUCCAAUCAAAUGCACAGGAUUUGAUUUAAAUCUCUCUUGUAACUGUACACAGCUCAAAUAUUCCGUUUCAUUGGGGAAUACUCGCAGUAUAGAAAAUGAAGACGCUCUAACUUCCGUUUCACUGGGAAAUUAAGGUAAGAAUCUCAGCUUGGGACUAUUAAUUAGCCUGAUAAAGUUGAGUUGUUUUGAUUUAGCAAACGCUAGCCAUCACAAUUUGGAUGUAACAUUAGGUGUUAAUGUUAUUUUCAUGCUUGCGUACUUGUUCCAAAUUCCACUUGUCUAACUUAACGUUAGCGCUCUGGGACUACUCGUUAGUAACGUUACCAUUUUGCUGACGAUUGAGCUCCUUAGCCAAAGUGUGGAACGUUAGCUCCUGAUAGUUCCAUUUUGUUUAUGCUAAGAUAAUAUUGGCUAAUACUGUCAUAACCACAACGUAAUUAAACAAUUUGCUUUGGAUUUGUUUUGGAACAUGAUGGGGCCCUAUGAAGUCUGUUUUUUUUUCUCAAGUCUGUGUUUUACAAUUUAAGCACAUUUUAUCAUCAGAGUUUCAUCACGUGGUGGAUGAAUACAAUUCAACAAAUCAAUAAGAAAAUAUUAAACAUGUAAUGAAUAUCAAUAAAUUUGAUGUAACACAACAUUGCAAUAUUUUUUACAAAGAAAUUGUUUCAAUACAGCAAUAAAACAAAAUAUUCAAUCCUCACCUAAUUUGUUUGGAUGACUAACAGGCGACACCUCCGCCAGGUUUCUGUCUGUUUUUUUCUCUGCUUUGCAUCAGCGAGCCUCUCGGCUUGUGUCUUUGAACAGUUCACGCAUAACGCUCGAGCAUCGAGCCAACGCAGGUUUGCCUCUGAUCUGAGGCUUUUUGUCGGGGAGCUCCAAAACUGUUGGCGAGUUGAAAAUCAGGGCUAAAGUCGCGUAGUGUGAACUUGGCUAGUCAUCUCAGACGGCCUCUGCAAUGUGACUGUGUGUGGAGGAGAUGAGCUUCUCCCUCGGUGAAACGCCGACACAGAAAGCAGCGUGCCCAUAAAUGACACCAAAACAUAACAACAUAGUUUUUUUCUGGUCAUUUGGCUCAACGCUUAAAGUGGCAGCGAAAACCCUGAUUUUUAUAAAUUUAAUCCACAUUUUGGUAAAUUCCACGAUAUUCAGCGAUUUACAGUUGAUUCCAUUUAUUACCCAAUUCCGCAAUUCCAUCCAUGUUUUCUGUAUCGAGGAAGUCACAGGGCCUUAGACUCAUUAAUGAGACAAUAGUGUAGACAUUUAGCUAAAAUGGACCUACAUUAGUUUACGUUAGCCGGCACUCUGUGUAGUUGUCUGGUAGAUGAAAUUAUCAAUUGCCAAACUGUCCGUCGGGAAAUAUGCCAAAUAAAUUCAUUCAUUCAUUCAUUAAUGGCACGUUAUCUUAAUAUUGUGUUAUCUUUAUUCAAUGCAUUUUGAAUUUUGGGCUUUGGACUGAGACAAUUACAGAGACUGAACGUCGCUGUGAGUGUGUGCUAUUAUAAUAAUAAUAAAAUAAUAAAUAUAU